CAUCCUUUGCCUAACAGCAUUGCAGCACAUCGCAACGAUUGAAUGCACACUGCAAGCAACCAGCUUCCAGCUUGAUACCCUCUCAGACUCGCAAACAUCAAAAUUGCUCUUUCACCGUCACACGCUCCUUCCUGCUCCAUGCUAUAGAAUGCCACAGCGCCUCAAUCACCUCCCUCAACUUCUUGCUGGCUGGAGGAGUACCUAUACCUGCUCUGCCCCAUUUGAUCGUACGCUCACUGUAGACCCUCCUCCCAUCUUGCCUUCUGCCCCGUCUAAUCGUCCACUCUCUCCUCCCUUAGUCUUUCAAUACGAGUAUACCAUUCCUGCAAUUACGUUGCAAUCUCAGCAGCAGACUUUCAGAGGUGUGCGAGCCAGCACGUGUACAUUCAAGAUCUCAAGGCUUGCUGUUCACUUGAUUCGGCAUCUGCGCACAGCUUCGGGUACCUUGAGGGCGGGCGUUUGCCCGCCCAGAGGUGAGCGCGUCUGCCUCCGUAGAUCUCUCAGUGGAGGCUGAGACGUGAUCAAGAGUCAGCAGGAGAGAAAUGAUGGGUAUUGCGAUGAGCAAAGCAGUGCAGACAAGGAAGCUUCUAUGGAGCAAUGCAGAAUUGACAGGCAAGGAUAAGGAGCGUUGUUCGAGUUGA